CGCCUCUGCCCGUCUCUCUCUCUCUCUCGUUUCCCUCCGCAUGGCUUCGCGGCUGGGCUCUUGCGGCUGGGAGAGGCUGGAGAUGCCCGGAGAAGAAGGGCAAGGCCUCGGCCGAGGAGGAGGAGGAGGAGGAGGCGAGAAGGCUGCGGCGGAGAGCCGGAUCCGUCGCCCCAUGAACGCCUUCAUGGUCUGGGCCAAGGACGAGAGGAAGCGCCUGGCCGCACAGAACCCGGACCUGCACAACGCCGAGCUCAGCAAGAUGCUGGGCAAAUCCUGGAAAUCUCUAACUCCGUCCCAGAAGAGGCCCUAUGUCGAAGAGGCGGAGCGGCUGCGUGUCCAGCACAUGCACGACUACCCAACCUACAAAUACCGCCCGAGAAGAAAGAAACAAGUCAAACGGAUCUGUAAGCGGGUGGAUCCUGGUUUCCUGCUGGGCAACCUCUCCAGGGAUCAAGACCCUUUGCUAGAGAAGAGGGCGUGCGGCCGGGCAGCGGGUGAGAAAGAUGGCCAGAUUGAAUAUUCUCCCACUUCGGUGUUGCCGAGCCUUGGGCGGUACCGGGAGGCACCGGUUGGAAGCGGCAACCUCGGUGCUCACAUGGACAGCUACCCGUAUGGCUUGCCCACGCCACCGGAGAUGUCUCCGUUGGAUGUGAUUGACCCGGAGCAAAGCUUCUUCUCCACCCCUUGCUCUGAAGACCCUCAUCGACCCCACAUGCCUGGAGCCCCCUACUCUCUGGAAUACAACACCAGCCCUCUCCAGUGUAACCGGCCUCUAACCCACAUGCCUUCGUCCUCUAUCCAUCCUGCUCCAUCGAGCUGCUCGGGAAAUUCAGGAAAUUAUUACUCACCUGUUUUCCACCCCGCUCUCCAGACCCCCGCUCUCCAGGCCCACCUCGGCCAGCUUUCUCCUCCCCCAGAGCACCAGAACUUCGACACCCUGGACCCCUUGAGCCAAGACGACUUACUGGAGGAAAUGGAUCGCGACGAGUUCGACCAGUAUCUCAACGCACCCGGAGGACACCCGGAGCCUAGCGGGCUGCUCAUCAGUGGACACGUCCAGGUCUCCCAGGUGGCCGGAGGGGCACUAGUUGCUUCUAUCUCCUCAGCCCCGUCCACCUCGUCCGAGGCCAGUCUCAUUUCGGUCCUUGCAGAUGCGACAGCGACCUACUACAACAACUAUGGCGUUCCCUAGGCCGGAGAGAGGCCAAACCAUCCCCAUGGACCAAUGGUGGAAAGACUGGACUAUGCUAUGUGACCAAAAAGACAGACGGUGGACAUCUCCAAUCUCUCUCGCCUCCUCUCCUCAGGGUUGCCCCAUUGUUUUGGAGCGGACCUUUGGCUAAGUCGUCAUUAUAAUUUAUCUAAGUCAUUGCUAUCAUUUGUCAAAUCCCUCCCACCCUAAUCUUGACUUCAGAAUGAUAGUUUUCUCUUACCGGCAAGGACAAUGCAAGGGUUGACUUUUCGCUUUGUGGCUGGGAUGGCAGAGAAAACUCCGGUUCAGCUGGGCAGGUAUAUAUUUUGCUGCGAUAGGACUGUAAAACACCAUAGUUAGCAACUGAUCUUGUACCUUGAAAUUCGUAUAUUUGGGUGAGAAAGGAGUCUAUGGUUCUGAGACUAGUAAACAAAAUGGAUGGCAAAACAUGUGGUAAGCUUGACUGCUGGGAGCGCACUCUUCCAACUCCCUUGCCUCCAGAAAAGAUGCCAACUGUCCAUUUCUACCUUUGAGACGGCAGUGAUUCUGCUCAUUCGGUUGCAAGACAGAAGCAGGCAGGUGGCAUCCUCAUCAGUUCAGAGAAGCUAGUUUGAAUCCAUAAUUCAGUGUUUCUCAACCUU